AUGAGGCCUUCCUGCCUCGGACGAAAGGAGAUCAAGAACUACUCGACCCAGGUGGCUGAGCGCGGAGCGGUGCCACUUUUAGGAAUACUCCACGAAAAACCUGCAGGGUGAGCCGGCUUCCAGGAACAGGGAGUGCUGGGUGCUUCCUCCCUAUGCCACCCCCACAUGAUGCCCCUGUCCCGCUGGCUGAGGUCUGUGGGGGUCUUCUUGCUGCCAGCCCCCUGCUGGGUACCCCGGGAGAGGUGGCUGGGUACCCUGCGGCGGCCCUCCCUGGUGUAUGGGGGCUCAGUCCUGGGGGCCUGGCACAGUGCCGGCUGCUGGUGCCAAGCGUGGACAGAGGAGCCUCGGGCACAUUACUCCUCCCUCAGAAUGAAUGGAGAUCAGAAAUCGGAUGCUUUCAUGCAAGAAAAGCAGAAUUUCCUCCAGUGUUUCCCAGUGAUCAUCAAGGUGCUGACCGAUGACUUGGAACACCCAGAGAUAAAGGAAGUUCUUGCCCGGCUCAAGCAGGUCCUGGAGUACAAUGUCAUCGGUGGCAAGCAUCAGCGGGGUCUGCUGGUGCUGAUCGCGUUCCGGGCGCUGGUCGAGCCGAGAAAGCAGGACGCCGCGAGUGUGCAUCGGGCCCUGGUGGUGGGCUGGUGCGUGGAGAUGCUCCAGACCUUCUUUCUGGUGCUAGACGACAUCAUGGACUCAUCCAUCACCCGACGGGGGCAGCUCUGCUGGUAUCGGAAGCCAGGCGUUGGCUUGGAUGCCAUCAACGACGGUCUUCUCAUCGAAACGUGUAUCUACCGCCUGCUAAAGCACUACUGCCGGGAGCAGCCCUAUUACCUGAACCUGAUGGAGCUCUUCCUGCAGAGUUCCUACGUGACAGAGAUUGGACAGAGCCUGGACCUCAUCGCAGGCCUCCAGGACAAGGUGGAUCUCUCAGGAUUCACUGAAAAGAGGUACAAGACUAUCGUCAAGUACAAGACAGCUUUCUACACUGCCUACCUUCCCGUGGCUGCAGGCAUGUACAUGGCGGGCAUCGAUGGGGAGAGGGAGCAUGCCACCGCCAAGAAGAUCCUGUUCGAGAUAGGGGAGUUCUUCCAGAUCCAGGACGAUUACCUUGAUGCCUUUGGGGACCCCAGUGUGACAGGCAAGAUUGGCACUGACAUCCAGGACAACAAAUGCAGCUGGCUGGUGGUUCAGUGUCUGCAGAGGGCCUCCCCGGAGCAGCGCCAGGUCCUGCAGGAGAACUAUGGGCAGAAGGAAGCCGAGAAGGUGGCCCGGGUGAAGGCGCUCUACGAGGAGCUGGACCUGCCGGGCGUGUUCUCGCGGUACGAGGAGGACAGCUACCGCCGCAUCACGGGGCUCAUCGGGGACCUCGCCCCGCCCCUGCCCCCUUCCAUCUUCCUGGAGCUGGCACACCACUUCUACAAGCGCAAGAAAUGAACUGGAGUGUGGCGCGGGGGGGCCCAAUAAACGACACAAGUCCUC